AUGUCAGGUUCCCUCGCUUCCCAUCCAUCUGCAUCCACCACAAUGCAAGAAUUAGGACAGGGGAUAGUCAAGAAUGAAGAGGACGACGGCUUUUUCGUGCUAUCUUCAUCUGUACCCAAUCCUGGGCAGUCCAGCAUGUACACGAUCUGUACCAAGGACGAAGAAACGCUUGUGCUCAAUGUGACAAUCGACGAGUCAAGGGCCGAAGUGGAAAGCCUCAUUGGACCUUCGGACCUCUUGCUCUCCGGUGCCAACUUUGCGAUUUCUAUCAUGACAAAGAUAUGUGGGAACAGACAAGAUCUCGUGCAGCGCCUCGCUGCAGUGAAAGAAUCUUGCCAGCAACGAGCCGCCCUCUAUCAGAUGGCAGCUGACGAUCGGCAGUCGCACACGGAUGCUAUCAUGAAAGAGUUUGAAUCCUAUCUUCUCAACCCUCGAGCCGUGCCAGCAUGUCGUCGCUAUGGCAACUUACGAGAGAUCACCCGAGAUCACCUGACGGCAUACAUCGAGAGCGACCAACUUGAUCGUGGAAAUCGAGAGGUUUUAGCUGGGAUAGCAAGGGACCCUACGAACAAUUGGUACUUCCACUCAGCUUUCGAAACUCCGUUCAAUGACAGAAACAAGGCUAUCGUAGAAGAUCCUGCACUAUUUGCGGCGUUGGUUGAGCAGUUGGCGCCGAGGCUCUCCGCACUUCUGCAGGAAGACAGAACCCGCGCGCGAGAGACAAUGGAUUUCGACAGGAUGUACCUUCAAUUUCGUAGUAGCUGGUAUGUGUCUAUCAAAUGGUUGACCGCAUGCGUCGACGUGCAGGACACUCAGGAGUUGUCGGUAGAUUCCAUCGACCAACCCCUGACCUCUGAGGCUGUGGGUGGUAUCGUAUCGAUCGAUCCGCUGAGAUGCGCGCUAGACCAGCAGCACGAGAUCGACGCAGACGUGAAACGUUGA